AUGCUAUAGAAAUUUCAGAAAGGCUUCUUUUCUCAACUCAGUUCUUCCCCAGCCUUUACAGCAUAGUUUACUUCCUAUUAAAAAUCUUCAAAUUCGAAUUCACUAGUUGGAUCUACUCAUCAAUCAACCACUAGUCUGCAUAGAAAUAAAUAGCUAGCCCAUACUGAACAAUCAAGCUAAAGGAAUUUACAUAACAAAUCUUAGAAUUAGUAUCAUUCAAAUCUAAAUAGCAGCCCAUAAUUUGCAAAAAAUCAAAGUAAUAGGAACAAUAUGUCAUUCUUGGAUAGAAAUUCAAUAUGCUAAAUAGUUGAUAAAAUAGAAUAAGAGAACCUAUUUGGAAACUAAGAAUAAAAUUUCAAUUAAGUUAUAGAUUUCCAACCUUACGACUCAAGUAUGAUAAAUAUUACAAUGCUUAGUAAGAAUCCUGAGAGAGAAAUGGAAUCUAAGGGUAAUAAGCAAAAGCAAAAAAGCAAUAAGAAAGGGAAAAAUCAGGAUAAAGAAAACAUUAUUAUUUAGAAGUAGGUUCAAAAAUAAGUAGAGGUUAAGAGAGAUGCUAAUUAAAAGAAACAAUCUCCAAUAAAUUCAAAGAGUAAUAAUACUCCUAUACUGAGCUAAAGAGCUAAUCCAAAAACUGCUGAUAACAUUUAAAAGUAAGAUAAAAAUAAGUCUAGAUCAUAAUCCAAGAGUAAGCUCCAUCAAAAGGAUAAUAAGCCAAAGUCUACAACCCCUAAGAAAGUUGUUGAAUAGAAAACUAAAUAAAACUAAUAAGACCCAUCUAUCCAAUAAUAGACCACUAUACAACCAAUAAAAAAUGCCAACAUCCCAACUUUCAAUUAAAAUUUGAAUGGACAGUAAUGCUUUCUAUCAAGCUAGUCAAAUAAAUUUGACUCAUAAGACCCUAAUUAAAGUUAAAUUUCAUUCCCUCCUUAAUAAAACUAUACUUCAAGGAAUCAUACUAAUCAUAUACAAAAUAAUUCAAGAAAUCAAUAGCAAUCUUAGUCAACUCUUUGUAAUAUGGGUUCUGUAAAAAAUAAGGAUUAGUUCGUUUUGAAUUUUUAGUAAUAAGAAUCAACUGAAAGCUUUCCAUUCAUGAUGCAGACAAACUAGAUUAAGGAGCUUAAAGAUUAGGUAUAAAGUCUGAAUCAUUAAAUUCACUAACUUAAGCAGAAAGCAAGUAUCGAAAAAGAGAAAACAUUGGAACAUCUUAAAGACAUAGAAGAAAAUUACUAAAAGUAUGCAUUUUACUAUACCAAAUACCUAGAGGAAAAAAUUGUAUUUGCUGAAUGCCAGAAAAAUCAAGAGGAACUCAGUUUUACUAUUCAAAAGCAAAAUGAAAACAUCUCAUAUUUGAAUUUAUUAGUCUUCAGUAUUCUAGAUAUGUGCGGCUAAAAAAGCCAAGAUUUACAAAGACUUAGGCAAUCAAUAUCUCAACUUGUCUAGAAAGCAAUGAUUGAUUAAAUGAUUAAUGAUCAAGAGACUUAAUAAAGAAUUUAGAGUCUAUAAAUACAAAUAAGUGACCUUGUUUCGCAGAGACAGAGCAGCAAUCAAUUCCCAGCCAAAAUACCCUAAAUUGAUUUUACACCUUAGCAAUAGUAAAAUGACUAAGAUGUAGAAUAAGUCUACUAGACUGGCUAUCAUAACAGAUCAUAAUCUUAACAAUUCAAUAAAACAAGAAGUGAUUAAAAAGCUCGAAAAACUAGGAGUGGAGGAAGAUCAAGUACACCUAAAACUCAACUCAGAUAUCAUGAAUCAAAAGAUGAAGAAGAUGAUGAACUCUAUCAUUUCCAGCAUUUCCCCUCGGCUAUGGAUUUUUCUGUAGAAAACCAAAAUCAAGAUAAGAGAGAGAUUGCCACUAAGAUAUUUAGGUAGAGCAUAUAAUCUCCACCACCUCCUUAUGACAGUAUAGAAGAAAGAGUAUUAGAAGAGGGUUUAAGAGUUGUUACUGGAAAUUCAACUACUAACUAGAGUGCUACCAGAUAAAUAUAGCAAAUAGUUUAGUAAAUCCAUGAUGAUUCUCAAAAUUUUAGCAAUUAAAACACUAAGAUUUCGAUUAAAGACUCUUAAAUCAAUAAUUAAAAUGCCACAGCCAACUCAAUGGGAAACAUCUAUAAUUAUACUCUCAAAAGUUUCCACUAUGAAGAUGACUCAGCUGAGAAGACUAGCAGUUAUUAGCAAGUCACUACAAUGAAGGAAAAUAGCCUAUUCGGAAAUAUAGAUAAGACGAAUUGCAAUGACUAUAAUGGCAUAAUUCCCUAUGAUCUACAUUAGCAAAGAUAACAGUAAUAAACUAUGAGUAGAAAUUUAUCCUAGUAUACUAAUGAGGUAUUAAAUAGCUUAUCCAAACUAGAUACCUUUAGUCCCAAAGAUUAUCAAGAGUAAAUUCAUAGACAAUCACAAUAAAACCUUCAAACAUUGCAUAUUGAUGAUGGACUAUAACCAAAGCAGCUUAAAUACUCAGUAGAAUUUGUUAAUAAAGAUGAAUAUUCGGAUGAAGAUGAUAACGAUGAGAAUAAUCUCAAUCAUUAGAUUGCUAAUAGACUCAUACACUCUUAAAAUAAUCAGUUUGAAGUUAGUAAUGCUGGUAGUCAUAAUCUUUCAAAUUAGAUGAGGUAAAUAAGCUCAAAGAGAUCAAGUAAUGAUGACAAUGAAUAAUGCAAGAUCAUGGCAAGCACAAAAGACUUAGAUAAUUUCCAUUUCAAUACAUAGUAGUUAAGAGACCUCUAAAAUAAUUAUUCUCAAGAUCAAUAAUCAACCUCCCCACCGACUAUUUAGUCAAAUAACAGAACUAUUGAAAUAGCAGUAGCAGAAAAAUAAUUCGUUGGAGAAAAAGAAAAUGACCUCAGCUUCAAGGUGGGACAAAAGAUUAUCAUUGAACAAAGAAUAAAAGGCUCCAAUUGGAUGUUUGGCUCUAUAGGUUUGAAAUAAGGUUGGUUCCCUGCAGAUUAUGUUAAAAUUGAGGAGCAUUAUCUUUGA